AUGGAACCACAACAACAACAAGCACAAUCACAACUGCAGCAGCAGAAUCUAUCAGUGCAGCAGCAAACAGCUCCGCCGCCUUUUUCCAGCCGCCCGGAUGCGCUCCCUUCCACCCGUGGUCGGCGUGCAGGGCCGCCAGACCCCGUCCAGCAGCAACAGCCGUCGUCUCCACAGCGGCUGCUGGCUCCACCGGCUCCUCCACCGGCCCGACCGGCUGCGCCAUCCACCAUCGUUGACGAUGCCCCCGUGCCCUUGGCACCGCCGCCGCCGGUGUCGCAGCCUAGCCAGCGACACCCGCGCAGUCCAUUUUCCGGGAAGCAUCCCGCGGACGUCGACGAACCUAUGCCCGUGGCACCGUCGCGGCCGGCACCUCGUAUCUUCCGCAACGCAGCUCCGCACGUCUGGCCCACCGCGCCGCGCCCUACUCUGCUGGGAGGUCACCGCGAGAUAGCCAGCCACGGAUUCCUGCACAGGGUUUCUAUUGGCUCCAGCUCACUAUAUAGGCCCGGCCAGUCGAAGGAAGACCAGUCUUCGUCCACUGAUAAUGGCAACCGCUGUAGCAGUCUCCGAGAAGGUAUCACCGAAGUCGCUGUACUGCACCGCCGAUCGAAGUACCAGUCGACUGAGAGGAACCACAGCUCCGGCUAG